ACUAGUAAACAUCCGCCGGAGUUAACGCGCAUUCUCCCGAUACUGACUUCAUUUAGUUCAUAUUUCUAAGAGAAUUCAUUUAAAGCGUCAUGAGCUUUUUCCUCCCAAAGCUGUCGUGUAAAAAAGACAUCGACGAUGCCAUUAAAUCGGUCGCUGAGAAGGUUUUAGUGCUGCGGUUCGGCAGAGAUGAAGAUUCUGUGUGUUUACAGCUCGACGAGAUUCUGUCAAAGACGGCUCAUGAUCUGAGUAACAUGGCCAGUAUUUAUCUGGUGGAUGUGGACACGACGCCGGUUUAUACUCGAUACUUUGACAUCAGCUUCAUUCCCUCAACAGUGUUCUUCUUUAACGGACAGCACAUGAAGGUUGACUAUGGAUCUCCAGAUCAUACCAAGUUUGUUGGAAGCUUCAAAACCAAGCAAGACUUCAUGGAUCUGAUCGAAGUGAUCUAUCGAGGCGCCAUGAGAGGAAAACUGAUCGUCCAAAGCCCGAUCGACCCGAGAAACAUCCCCAAAUAUGAUCUGCUGUACCAUGAUAUCUAGCGUUGAGUUUGACCCAACAAGAACAAGAAUUUUCUGACUAGUUAAAGUGAGCUUAUGUCAGGAUGUAGAGUUUCCUGUGGAAACGAUUAACAAUCUGAUGUAGUUAUUUUGUGAACUGUGAAAUUUUUGUACGAUGUUUUCAAAGUAAAGCAUAAUGAUUUUACACUGACUUCUAGAAGUUGACACUGAUGUGCUUCCAUAAAACAAUGACUAACAAGAACUAUAACUACUCUCAGACGUGUUUGAAGGAAUAGUUCAGACGGAAAUGAAAAUGUGCUCACCCAUUAGCCAUCCAAAAUUAGAAUGAGUUUGUUUGUUCAUCAGAUUUGUGUAAAUGUGUCAUUAUUUCACUU